AUGACCCAGUCGAAGAAUACAUCCACGACAUCCCCCCUUCUUGAAACACCACCCAGCUCUCCCGCACGUCACAAACCAGCCAUGACAGCUGCUUCUGUACUCAACAAGAUGCAGAAUGAUGAAGGUGGCUUUUAUGCUGCAACACCCAAACUAGCUUACCGUGCAGAGUAUUUUGCUGGUGGUCAAAAGGGUAACAUCCUCAUCGUGAAAGGACGGAACUUGAACGAAGAUGCUGAAUUCAUAAUCCACGGUGUAUUUGAAAUCAGCCGUAACAAUUUCUACUUUACACCCGAUGCCAAUUUCAACCCUACAAAUGUUUUCCAAGGACGUUUUGCAGAUGUUAAACUAAACUGCAAACUCAUGGCAGGCCAUAGCGAGGCUUUCAAAUUUCCCUCCGAUGAUUUUUCGGCCAUUCUCAACAAUAUCCGUGCUUUCAAGAAGUUAGUUCCAAAAGAACGGGAUUAUGAGACAGUCAACAUUAUCCACGACUCUCUUGGCCACAGGUCAAUCAAACUCACGCACAGUCUCUUCAAAGCCAAGGCCGAUGACCUUGAAGCUGAUGCUAAUGAUGAAGGUGACGGCAAUGGCAAAGGCUCAACAACGACAGCAGAGAGCCUAAGUUCCGAAUACAAUAUGGCAUCUUGGCCAGUUUCUGACCGCUGCAAAGGUCAUCUUCAUGAACUUGUGUCUUCCCACAAUAUCCAACCUUUACCCACAUAUGAUGAAAACCAUAAACUUAUCCCGCCGAGUCAAUACGAAUCGAAGCUGAAAGGUGCACUCGUCGAAGUUCAUAUGGCUAUUUGUCACCAUCGCAUCAAGUCAUCGAGACGUGACAUUUUCAAUGCGGUCUUGCAAGAAAUUAUUGUCCUCGCUCCGCCUGCAGCCAUGCCAACCAGCCCGUUCAAACGUCGCUGCCUCAAUGAAGGCCCUUCUACAGAACAACAGAACAAAGGGAAAACCCCAAUCAGAGGCUAA